AUGAAAUUUAAAAAUCGUGAAACUCCCGGUCUGCUCUAUGGCUCUCUGGUCCUAUUCAUUCUUUUGUUGUGGGCCGCCGCUUUGAUUCAUGUUUUGGAUAGUAGUUAUACGGGAAAAAUGUGAGUUAGUCUAACUUUUGGGCUGGAAUAUGACGUUAGGGUGCUUAAGGCGUUCUACGGUUCUUAACGUGCAUUUUAAGGUCCCUGUGUGUUUCAAAAACAAAAUUGCAUAUACCAUCUGAUUCAGCUCGACGAGACGAAUCAAAUGGUGUAUUCAGAUUCGUCUGAAAAAUCCCUCUAACAUGCUGAAAUGCGCUGAAACAAGUACACUCUGUGCGUCGCGGUGUGUAAACACCACCACGCACAAAUGCACACAUUGCGUACCGUAGUGAAAUUCAUUUUAUUUUUUUUUUUUCCAGCCGCGAGCAUAGCAUCUAUCAAUCAGACAAAGAACUUCAACGAAUCCCCAAAUUAGUCGCGCCAAUUGAAUACGAUGUUCAACUUCAAUUAUUCCUCCCUGGUUUUGCUUAUAUCGGACACGAUCAUGAAAAUAUGACAGUUGAUGGUGAAGUUGUGAUGAAACUAAAGAUGCUCGAGAAAAAUCAGCAGUUUUUUGUGAGCGCGCAAGAAAUCACUAUUCAUAAAAUCGAGGUUUUCAACGAUCAAAGACGUCCGAUUGCGAUUCGAUCGAUGGAUAAAAUGUUGAAUGGUGUUAGGAUUGUUUUGGGUUAGUGAUUUAGUAUUGUCGAAGUUGUGGCUGCCGUAAAAAUAAAAACCAUUGCAGAGUUGAAUGAAUACACGGCCUUUUACGGGGUAAAUCGAGAGAGACACAUAGAAACCGAGAAAACUUCUUCAAAAAGAAAUCCAAAACACGAAAUUCACAAAUAAUUUGAUCUGUCGUUUCGAAACCAAGCGCGGGAAACGUUUUUGAAUUCGAAAAUAUUUGAAAAACAUGUUUCCCGCGCUUGGUCUCGAGACGAGGAGUCGAACUGCAAAUGUAAUUGGUGCUUCGUAUUUCCAUUUGAAGGUGGUUUUUUCUCUCUGCGUCUCUCUCAACUUGCAAUUUUCCCUGUUUUUGAAAGGCCGUGCGAAUGAAAACAGAUAACUUCGUCAGUCGCGUGCGGCUGUGCGUCGUGGUCGGAAGGAUAAAUGAAUUAUUGGUUGUUUUCCGACCGCGACGCAUAGCCGCACGCGACUGACGAAGUAAUGUUUUUCAUUUAUUCAACUUCGAUAAGAAGACGAAUUUCCAUAUUCCAGACAAAUACGUGGACAAAAAUCAAGUGUUUCUGGUGAAAAUCAAAUAUUGCGCAAAAAUCCGAAUCGCUGAUAAAGGCCUAUAUAAAUCCAAAUAUAAAAAUGAGUAUGGAAAUGGGACGCAAAUCAUCGCAAUAACUCGAAUGGAACCCGAUCAUGCGAGAUUAGUUGUUCCCUGUUUAGACGAACCGCAAUAUAAAUCUGUUUGGAGGAUGAGAAUUAUUCAUCCGAAAGGUUCAACCGCGAUUUUUAAUAAUGAUUUGAGUGGACCUGUUGUGGAGUAUAAUCAGGAUUUUAUACAGUCAAGUUUCCUGCCAACCCCGAAAAUGUCAUCAUACCUUCUAGCUAUGGUUAUUUCCGAUUUUGAAUAUCUAGAGAAGUUUACAAGAUCAGGAAUCGCUGUUCGAAUUCGAAGUAGACCUGAAGUUGUAUCAUCAUUGAAGUUUGCGCUGGAAGAAGCUGUGAGAAUUUUUGAAAAAUGGGAGAAGACCUUUGAGAUACCUUAUCCGAUGAAGAAAAUCGAUAUUGUUGGAAUACCGAAUUAUCCGAGAGAUGUUAUGGAGAAUUGGGGAUUGAUUACGGUUCGAGAACGAUAUUUGAUCUUUGAUGAGAUGAUUAAUACGGCUGACUGUAAGAGGAAGAUUCGAAGUGUGCUUUCGCAUGAAUUGAUACAUAAUGUAAGAAAUUCGGGAGAAGCUGGGGGAAAAAAUUGAAUUUCUAGAAAGCUUUCUGGAGAAAUUCCACGUGGCAAAAAUUUCCCUCUGAAAUUAUUGAUUUUUUCAAUCACAAAAACAUGUUCAGAAAAUUUCACGUGGCACUUUUGAGAUGGGAAAUGUCGGGAGUUCAAAGAACUUCAGAAAAAUAAUUUUUGAAAAAAAAAUCCACGUGGCAUAAAUUUCAAUUUGAGAUUUUUUUGCUCCGAAAAUCUUGGACGCAAAAUUUUUUUUUUAGAAAAAUCCACGUGGCUUUUUUUUCAUUUUCUAUGUACAUUUUGUUUUCAAUUUUCUUCCAGUGGUUCGGAAAUUUGGUGACACCCGAAUAUUGGACUUCAGCUUGGCUCAACGAGGGAUUCGCCACGUUGUUCGAAGAUUUUGGCGCCGAUUUUUUGGCCAAUGGAAGUUAUAGCAGUGUGAGCACAUACUAAAAGUCAUUUUCAUGUUUUUUAAGCAAAUGAGUUGAAAUAUUGGACUCUAAUGUUAUUCAUAGGAUAGAAUGGUCUAAGACGAACAGAAUGAUAUGAAUUUUGAUGACUUUACGUUAUCCAUAAGUGAUUUAGCGAAGUUUAGUCGUAACUUAGUCGAUAAGUCGCUAAAUCACUUAAGGAUAACCUAAAGUCAUCAAAAUUUAUAUCAAUCUGUUCGUCUUAGACCAUUAUAUCAUAUGAAUGAAUUUUAAACCCGAUAUUUCAACUAACUUGCUUAAAAAACCUGAAAAUGAUGUCCAAAAAAUACAUUUUUUUGAAUUUUUUCCAGAAAGCCAACUUUGUUCUCAACGCUCAACGCAUCGCUUUUCUUCAAGACUCCCCGCAUCGUCAUUCCCCAAAAAUCAACCCCAAAUCCGGAAAAUCUUUGGAAACCUAUUUCGAUUUUGUGAUCCAUCAAAAAUCGGCGGCAAUUUUGCAUAUGAUUCGAAAAGUGAUUGGAGAAAAUGUGUUCAUGGCAGCGAUUCGAAUGUAUUUGCAAGAAAAUCAAUAUGGAAAUGUGAAUGAUGAGAUUCUCUUGGGGAAUUUGCAGAAAUCCUUUGAUAACUCUGGACCCGGGAAACUUUUGGAUAUCUCGAAAUUUGUUCAAAGUUGGACACAACAAACUGGAUAUCCAAUUGUGAGAUUGCAGAAAAUUGCGCCAGAUCGUUAUAGAUUAUCGCAGGAUUUGUAUGUGAAAAAUGGGGUGAAUUCAAAAAACGCACGUUGGGAGAUUCCGAUUUAUUAUCAGAAUUUGAAGGGGGAAAGAAAUGAGGAGCCAAUUUGGAUGAGUGGAGGUGAGAGGUUUUGGGCUCGAAAAUUUCAGAAAAAAAGUUUUAAAAGUGUCACGUGGCUUUUCAAAAAGUUUAAAAUUAAUUGCUCCUGAAUUUGAAAAUUUUAGAAAAAAGUUUGUGAAACUUCAAUUCAGAAUUCCGAACUCAAAAAGUUAUUCUGAAAAAAAACGAAAAAAAAAAUUGAAUUUCAGAAUAAGCAAAAAUUUUAUAGAAUUUGAGUAAAAGUGUGAUUUUCUGAAUCGAAAUUUUUUUUUAAAUGUUUUUUUUUCAACUUGAAUCACCUACUUGAAAUUUAAAAAAAUUCUAGAAAAAUUUACGUUUCAGAAAUUUUUUUUUGAUAUUUUUUAAAUUUAAAUAUUUUCGCUGCGAGAUAUUUUUUAUCAUUUGUGUAUUUGUGUAGAUUUUUGUAGAAAAAAUAGGAAAAAAAAUAGUUUUUUGACAUUUGCUGAAUCGAAAUUUUUUGUCAAAAAAUGUUUUUUUUUCUGACUUCAAUCACCUCAUUAGUUACUUGAUAUUAAAAAAAUUCCAGAAAAAUUUACGUUUCAAAAAAAUCACAAUUUUUCCUGGGAAAUCUCUGAUCCUGCUUAUCCGAUCAAUUUCAUUUUUGCUAAUCUUAAGAUCCCUAAUUUGCAUCUUAAAUAUUCUGAAGACCUGAAGUCCACAAAAAUAUAGAUUAAAAUUUUUCAUUCACCCAUUUCUGAGAAGAUAAUUUCACAUCCGAAUUCCAACCUUUUCCCUUUCAGAUUCUCCAAUUCACAUCAAAUCUUCCACUCCGAUCAUUCUCAACGUGGAUUCCGACUGUUAUUAUCGCGUCGAAUACCCUGAAACCUAUCUCAAAACCAUUUUCCUUCACCUCGCCAAAAAUCCCCAAAUUUUCUCGUCUCGCACCAAACUUCGUCUCAUCGACGACGCUUUCGAAUUGUUUCCCUCGAAAAUCGCAUUUUCAAUGAUGCAAAACUAUAUUUCGCAAGAAACGAAGCGACUUCCGAUAAGUGCGUAUUUGAAGAACUCGCAAGCCUAUCCUGAAAUUGCGAAUUCUGUGGAGUUUUUGGAGAGUUUGAGAAGUGGAGGGGAAUUGGAUCGAGGAUGGGAAUUUGUGGCCGAGAAUUAUUUGGUGGAUGAGGAAUUUGAGAAUGUGUAGGUUUUGAAAAAAAGUUGGCCUCGACGCGGGAUCGAACCCAUGACCUAAUGAUUCGAAGGCAUGUGUGUUCACCACUCGACUACGCGCUCAUGUUUUUCUUUCACGCAAAAUUUUUGAUAUUUGAAACGAGCACUUGGCAAAUUUUUGAAUAUGCAUUUUCAACAAGAAAAUUCUCAAUUUUUUCAGAAAAGUCGCGCUUUAUAUCAUCCAGUCUCAAUGCGAUUUGAAUCAAGAAAUUUGCCUCAAAAAUGUUGAUUUUUAUUUCCAACAACUUUUGGAGACAUGCCAAGAUACUGAUCAGAUUUCCAAGUGUUCCAGGUACGCCCCCCCUGAGGGGGCCCCCUCCAACUUUCAAAAUCAAGUAGAAUUUAUUUUUUCUAGAAUUCCUGGACCAUUUCGCACAAUUGUUUAUUGCAAAGCUGUCGCGCAAGACACGUCUGUGAAAAUUUUGCUGGAAAAAUGGCUGAAAAUGGAGAGAAAUGUUGUUGAGGCGGAGAAUUUGGAGAAUGGAUUGUGGUGCGCGAAAUGA